CGCAGCCCCCGCCCACAGCACGCCCCCCCCCCCCCCCCCCGCGGCCCCGCGGUCAGCCGGGCUGGCUCAUGGUCCCCGAAGCGGCGGGCCGGGCGGAGGCUCCUGCGGCCGCUGGGCCCACGGGGAUGCCCCGCGGGUGAGGCAGCCCCCAGCUUCCAGCCGCGCUCAUGGCGGUGGCCAGGAAGAUCAAAACUUUGCUGACGGUCAACAUCCUGGUGUUCGUGGGCAUCAUCGUCUUCUCCGUGUACUGCCGCCUGCAGGACCGCUCCGAGGGGCUGGUGCAGACCGUGCGCAGCGCCGACCGCCGGGUGCGCAGCCGGCACGCCAAGGCGGGCGCGCUCGCCGACCGUGAAGCCAUCCUGGAGCGUCUGGACCACCUGGAGGAGGUGGUCUACAACCAGCUGAAUGGCCUCGCCAAGCCCAUCGGCCUGGUGGAGGGGCCUGGGGGCCUGGGCCAGGGAGGCAUGGCGGCCACCCUGCGUGAGGACAGCCAGGAGACAGAAAGCAAAUACGAGGAAUACGGGUACAACGCGCAGCUCAGCGACCGCAUCUCCCUGGACAGGACCAUCCCGGACUACAGGCCCAAAAAGUGCAGACAGGUGACCCACGCCGCCGACCUGCCCCAGAUCUCUGUGGUCUUCAUCUUCGUCAACGAGGCCCUCUCCGUCAUCCUGCGCUCCGUGCACAGCGUGGUCAACCGCACGCCCUCGCGUCUCCUCAAGGAGGUCAUCCUGGUGGAUGACAACAGUGACAGCGUGGAGCUCAAGACCAGUCUGGACCAGUACGUCAACAGGAGGUACCCGGGCCUGGUGAAGAUCGUUCGCAACAGCCGGCGGGAAGGCUUGAUCCGGGCACGGCUGCAGGGCUGGAAGGCGGCCACGGCCCCCGUGGUCGGCUUCUUCGACGCCCACGUGGAGUUCGGCACGGGCUGGGCCGAGCCCGCGCUCACGCGGAUCCAGGAGGACCGCCGGCGCAUCGUCCUGCCCGCCAUCGACAACAUCAAGUACGACACGUUCGAGGUACAGCAGUACGCCAGUGCGGCCCACGGCUACAACUGGGGCCUCUGGUGCAUGUACAUCAUCCCCCCCCAGGACUGGCUGGACCGCGGCGACGAGGCGGCGCCCAUCAGGACCCCCGCCAUGAUUGGCUGCUCGUUCGUGGUGGACCGGGAGUACUUUGGGGACAUCGGCCUGCUGGACCCAGGCAUGGAGGUGUAUGGUGGAGAGAACAUCGAGCUGGGCAUGAGGGUGUGGCAGUGUGGCGGCAGCAUGGAGGUGCUCCCCUGCUCCCGCGUGGCCCACAUCGAGCGCAGCAAGAAGCCCUACAACAACGACAUCGACUACUACGCCAAGCGCAACGCCCUGCGGGCAGCGGAGGUGUGGAUGGACAGCUUCAAGUCCCACGUGUACAUGGCCUGGAACAUCCCCAUGACCAACCCAGGGGUGGACUUCGGGGACGUGUCUGACCGGCUGGCGCUUCGCCAGAGGCUGAAAUGCCGCAGCUUCAAGUGGUACCUAGAGAACGUGUACCCGGAGAUGCGGACCUAUAACGACACCCUCACGUACGGAGAGGUGAGAAACAGCAAAGCCAGUGGCUACUGCCUGGACCAGGGAGCGGAAGACGACGACCACGCGAUCCUCUACCCCUGCCACGGGAUGUCCUCUCAGCUGGUGCGCUACAGCGCUGAGGGGUUGCUGCAGCUGGGUCCCCUGGGCUCCACCGCCUUCCUGCCCGACUCCAAGUGCCUGGUGGACGACGGCAGGAGCCGCGUGCCCGCCCUGAAAACGUGUGAGGACGUGGCCCGGCCAGCGCAGCGGCUGUGGGACUUCACCCAGAGCGGCCCUAUCGUGAGUCGAGACACAGGCAGGUGCCUGGAGGUGGAAAUGUCCAAGGACGCCAACUUCGGGCUGCGGCUGGUGGUACAGAGAUGCUCGGGGCAGAAGUGGACCAUCAGGAGCUGGCUCAAGCGCGGGCGACACUGACCGCCAGCCCCGCCCCCCAAGGACCCGGGGAGGGCGUCGGGCCGCCUGCUGGGCCGCGCCCCUGGGACCGCGGGGGCCCCCUGUGCACUCCGGAGGCAGGUGCCAGGGACCGGCCGGCCCAGCAGGAGCACAGACCCCGAAGCCAAGCCCACCUCGGAAUCACGUGCCUUUUCUACGGUAUUCCUGUCCAGGCCGCCGGGCCGGCCACCUCUUCUGCAUGAAGCCCCCUGUACGUUCCCCCCCCUCGAGGAAAUAACCCCCGUGAGCUCCGUGGGUGGCCCAAGCUCCCGUCCCGGCCGGGCGGGACCGUGGCCUCCUCCCAUCUCCUGACCAUCUAAGGAAAAGCCCAGAAGAGCAGAGCCCUCUCCGAGGUUGGGGACGGGGGGGACGCGGCUGCGGCCGUCCCGGCGACGCCCCAGGCAGUGCUGACGAGGAGGCCGGUUGCCGCCCCGAUCCAGCACCGAGCGGGUCAAACAGGACAGAGCUGGUCUUGUCCUCCGGAGCCCUAGCGGCUGGGUCGUCCGGGGUC